UUGGAUAUUCUUUUUGAUGAUUAAGAAUUUAAAAUGGCUGCUGAACUUAAGUAAAUAUGAUUUAUUUUAUUAUUCCUUUCAGAAGUAGUAUUGUAGUAUUAAAUAAUUUUGAAUAAUGUAUUCAAACCAAGUUCAAAAAGGUGUUUUUAAUGGAGUGUGAAGAAUUUGGUUGGAUUUUAUGAGGUGAAAGAAGUUCAAGGUAUAUGCUUCAAUUUUGAUGAAAUUUUAGCAAAAGAACAAUCCUAUUGACCAUGAAUGGAGUACAUGAUGAAGACCGCAGAAGGCGGCUCAGAAUGUUGGAAGACAAAAUUCAAGAUCCAAGAGGUAUUGGAAAUAUCGAUUCAUUGCUUGAUACUGUUCAAGCACUGUAUGCCGAUUGUGAUCAUCCUGCUGUGAAAAAAAUGAAAAACAUUGAGAUGUAUAUUAACAGAUAUGAUGAGUUUGCUUCUGAUAUUGUUAAUCUGCGUAUGAAAACAGAUGAUUUUGAGCACAUCAAAGUGAUUGGCAGAGGUGCCUUUGGUAAAGUUCAAUUGGUUCGUCACAAAUCCACCAGAAGGGUUUAUGCGAUGAAGAGAUUGAGUAAAGCAGAUCUAAUAAAAAGGUCUGAUUCUGCAUUCUUUUGGGAAGAAAGGCAUAUCAUGGCUCACGCAAAAUCAGAAUGGAUAGUUCAAUUGCAUUUUGCAUUUCAAGAUUCCAAAUAUCUGUAUAUGGUAAUGGACUAUAUGCCAGGCGGAGACAUAGUUAACCUUAUGUCCAAUUAUGACAUCCCCGAAAAAUGGGCAAAAUUUUACACUAUGGAAGUGGUGCUUGCCUUAGAUCACAUACAUUCCAUGGGUUUUGUCCAUAGAGAUGUGAAACCUGAUAAUAUGCUUUUAGACAAGUAUGGCCACUUGAAAUUGGCUGAUUUUGGUACAUGCAUGAGAAUGGAUGCCGAUGGUUUGGUAAGAUCGAAUAAUGUUGUGGGUACCCCGGACUAUAUUUCACCCGAAGUUUUGCAAAGUCAUGGUAAAGGUAUAUAUGGAAGGGAGUGCGAUUGGUGGUCAGUAGGUAUUUUUAUAUAUGAAAUGUUGGUUGGCGAAACUCCAUUUUAUGCCGAUAGUUUGUUGGGUACUUAUAACAAGAUAAUGUACCACGAGAAUAAUUUGACGUUUCCUGAGGAAGUUGAAUUUUCAAAAGAAGCCAAAUCUCUGAUACAGGGUUUGUUAUGUGAUAGAACAAAGCGUCUGGGGCGUAAUAGUGUAGAUGAAAUUAAAAACCACAAAUUUUUCAUCAACGACCAAUGGACCUUCGAAAAUUUGAGAGAUUCCGCCCCUCCUGUUGUGCCAGAAUUAACGGGAGACGAUGAUACUAGUAACUUCGAUGACUAUGAGAAGGACGAAACUGCAGAAGAGAAUUUUCCAGUGCCAAAUAGUUUUGUAGGGAAUCACUUACCAUUUAUCGGAUUCACUUAUAAUUCAGAUUAUCAGUUGUUAUCAGAUCGGAAAGAUCUGACUGAUGGACUCAAUAUUAAUCAUAUGAAUGAACAUUCGAUCUCUCAAGUAAACCGUUUAGAGAUACUGCUAGAACAGGAGAGAAAUAAUGUAGAAUCUUUAGAGACUAAACAACGAAUUCUUAUUGCUCAGUUAGAUAAUUUAGCACAGCACGAAAGCGAGGUUAGAGAAGAAGCCAUCAAAUAUGAAAAAGAGUUAACAUUAUUGAAACACAAUUUUAAAGAGGUACAACGCAAGGCAGAGAAUGAGGGCGAAUUACGAAAAAAGACUGAGAAGUACUUAGCUGAUUUGAAGAAAAGAUUAGAAGAUGAACAAAACAGGAGGACUAGAGAAAUGAAUAACAAUCAGCAACAUAACGAUAAAAUUAAUAUAUUAGAAAAACAGAUUGUUGAGUUGCAGGACAAGUUGAAAAUUGAAACUGAAAAUUGCCACAGAUUUCGAAAGCAAGCCAACGAGUUGACCAUGGCGAAGAACAACUCUGAGCAAAAGGCUGCCGAGUAUCAGACGAUGCUCCAGAACCUCCAAGUGCAAAGGGACGGUCUUCAAAAGGAAGUGGCUUCGUUACAGGGACAGUUAACGCAAGAAAGGAGUUCUAGAACUCAGGCCUCCGAUCAACAAAGAAUAUUAGAAAAUAAAAUUCAGUCUCUCAAUGCCGAAUUAGAUCGGACUAAGCAAAGGGAGAAUAAAGUUUCUAGCGAUAACAGUCAGCUAUCAGAGAAAGUGUCCACUUUGGAAAAAGAAUGCGCUAGUCUUGAGUUAGAAUUGAAAACCGCUCAAAAUAGAUAUCAGCAAGAGGUUAGAGCUCACGAAGAGACUGAGAAGAGUAGGAUGAUGAAUAAGGAGGAGGCCAAUCUGGAAGUUGUCAAAGCGCUUCAAACCAAACUGAACGAAGAAAAGAGUGCCAGGCAGAAGGCCGACCUCAAUUCCCAAGAGAAAGAACGACAGAUAUCCAUGCUUUCCGUCGACUACAGGCAGAUACAGCAAAGAUUGCAAAAAUUGGAGGGUGAACAUAGGCAAGAGGUGGAAAAAGUGAAGGCUUUACACAGUCAGAUCGAACAGGAACAACAAAAGAAAACGAUUUUACAAACGGACAUCGGUCAUCAACUGUCGGAAAUUGCCAAAUUGAAAGCCAGGGAAUCGCAACUUGCUGUGGAAAUUCUUCAAGUUGAGGAAUCUAAGAAGAAAGUGGAAGAUGAAUUGUCUAGAGUCAAGAGAGAAUUCCAAAUGGAACAACUUCAACUUAAGGAACUACAAGAGUCUCUUGAAACCGAACAACACUUCUCUACUCUCUAUAAAACGCAAACGCUUGAGCUCAAAGAGGAACUCGAGGAAAAAAUCAAGAUAAACAAGGAAUUCGAAGAAGAAAGGUUAUCCCUGAAGCAUCAGUGUCAGUUGGCCCUGGCCAGAGCUGAUUCGGAAGCUUUGGCUAGAUCGAUAGCGGAAGAAACUGUCGCGGAUUUGGAAAAAGAGAAGACGAUGAAAGAGUUGGAAUUGAAAGAUCUCCUCUCAAAACAUAGAACGGAACUCGGUUCCAGAGAAGCCAACUGCAACAUGCUAAAAGAAAGAGAAAUGGAAUACAAGAAACUGAAUGAUCAACUUCACAAGGAGAAAGAGGAUCUCUUGAGACAAAUCAAACAGUUGCAAGAGGAAAUCAACAGGAAGAGCGACAGUAAUGAGGAAGUCGAAAAAUUGCACGCCAAACUCAAGACCGAGUCUUUGCUGAAACAACAGGCGGUCAAUAAGUUGCACGAAAUCAUGAACAGGAAGGAUCUGCGGGAGGUCAAGGGGAAAAACAAGAUUUCCAACGCGGACUUGAGGAGGAAAGAGAAGGAUUUGAAGAAAUUACAGCAGGAGUUGAGUCAGGAGAGGGAUAAGUAUAAUCAGAGUUUGAUGGCGUACCAGAAGAGCAUCCAAGAGUUGACCUGCCAACUCAACGAAGAAACGACCUCCAAACAGCGUCUCCAGAUGGAGUUGGACAGUAAAGAUUCGGAGAUCGAACAGUUGCAAAUGAAACUGACCGCUAUGAACACAGAAACUGCCUCGUUGAGUUCUGCUGAUAAUGAGGGGGAUGAACUAAGUUCCGAAGCUCUCUUCGAGGGAUGGCUGUCGAUUCCGUUCAAACAGAACAUCAGGCGACACGGUUGGAAGAAACAAUACGUGGUGGUGUCGAGUAGAAAGAUAAUAUUUUACAAUUCCGAGAACGACAAGCAGAACUCGGAUCCCGUCAUAGUUUUAGACCUAUGCAAAGUGUUCCACGUCAGAUCGGUCACUCAGGGCGAUGUUAUCAGGGCGGAUUCCAAAGAUAUCCCUAGGAUUUUCCAGCUCCUGUACGCGGGUGAGGGGGAAGCGAGGAAACCGGACGAUCAAACCAACAAUCUAGACGUGAGCUCGAUUAGGAGCUUCGAGGAGAAGCCAGGGACCACCAUUCAUAAGGGGCACGAGUUUUUGCAUAUUUCCUAUCACAUGCCCACGACUUGCGAGGUUUGCCCUAAGCCUAUGUGGAACAUGUUCAGGCCCCCGCCUGCCCUCGAAUGUAGACGUUGUAGGAUAAAAAUUCAUAAAGAUCACCUGGAAAAGAAAGAAGAUAACGUUCCUCCCUGUAAGUUGCACUAUGACCCUUCGUAUGCCAAAGAAUUGCUCUUACUAGCGCAAUCUGUCGAGGACCAACAGCAGUGGGUUCUCAGAUUGAGUAGGAAGAUACAGAAGUGCGGUUUCAAAGCGAACAAUUCCAACACUUUGGAUUCUGCCAAAGUCUCCCCCAGGGAAUCGACAAGGUCCAACAUGAAACCACCUUACCUUAACUCUCAACGAUCAGCAACAUUACCUAGCAAUUCUUCCAUGUCUAACAAAUGACGGCAAAUGUACGCCGUAAGAAGGUACAAAUGAGCUGCAACCGUUCAGUUCUCUAUUUGAAGAAUUCCAUUGAAGAAUGAAUGACAUGCAAUUCUUCAUAUUGAAGAACAGUUUCAGAGUAGGACGAAGAAAGCUGUAUUGUCGACCAAAGCAAUGCAUCACAGUAGUUUGUUGAGAACUUGAUCUUCUUUCGAACUUAUUGAAGACGAUUAUUUUGAUUGGAACAUUAUAGAUCGAAUUUAUUAUUAACCUACAAGUAUGAAAUGUGAUACAUUUACAAGUAUGGAUAUUAUACAAUAAAGUACUCUCAGAGAUCGUUGAAAUGAAAUCUUAUACAAUUUGAAGAAUUUAUUAGAAUUUUGUUUUGUUUUGUUGUUCAUAGCUUUUUUUCCAUUGCCUAUUUCAUUUUGGAUCCAACUCAUCGGCGGAUGAAUAAUGAUUGUCACUAAGGAUGAAGUGUUCUAAUUUGUCUUAAAUUGCUUAUUGUUCAUCGCUCCUACAUAUCAUGCUAGUUCUUGAUGAAUCAGUUUCCUUUCAUAAAGAUCAUAUGAAUUACGAUUUGACUUCCCGAUUACUACGUCAAAAAUAAAAUCUAUAAUCACAAAUUAUCCUUCUGUUCAUAGAUACGAGAUCCAACGACAUGAUAAUCCGAAAGUGUUCCUGAUUGGUCGAUUAUUUCGGCCAAUCAUCUUGAAAUUCGCAAUAAUUGACCAAUCAGGAGUAUUUUCGGAUAAUCGUAUCGUCAGAAAACGUAUCUAAGAACAGAAGGCCUAAAUUGCUACAAAAACUUUCUGUGGAUUUGAAGUUGCAGUUGUCUAUUUGUCGCAAAUCAACUUUUUGUUCACAUUCACGACACCAUCUCAACUAAAAUCCUCCAUAACUAUGUAAUGGGUAUUUUAGCCAUCAUUGGUGAACUGAUUUGAACUGCAUUUUUAAAUGAGCGCUUGAGAUAUUUUUUCCUUGAUUUGAAGAAAUGGCUUGAUGUAAUCAUUACGACUAAGAAACAAUUAAGCUUUCUUUCUGCUUCUCCUUAUUGUAAUUAAUUUACAGAAUAAAGUUGGAAUUCUCUCUUGCUCUUGGUUAUUUCUUGAAGGUCUAGGUAUUGUUGCUCAUUUUCUUCAAAUUUUUUUAGAAUGGAGUUCAGUCAUAAUCAUUCAAAUUCAUCAACAUCGGGUAUUUUAACUUAAUGAUAGAAUUUCAUGAAAUUUAACUUUUUGAAGGUGCUAAUAAUUCGAUUGAAUAACGCCUUUGUUUUAGUUUCAUUUACUAGAUUACUUCGGUCCUGUUCAACUUUGGACCUGAUGUAGGUAGUAAUUUUUAUGAAACUUUUUUUCUAAACAUUCCGCAUAGUACACUGAAUUGAAUUAUAAUUUUGUAAAUUUUUGUUGUUAUUUGUACAAAUGAUGUAAUUUAAUUUUAUCCUUUUGAUUUUUAUGUAUUUAUUCUAUUUUUAUUAAUUUUUAUAGUAUAGAUUUUGUGCCUUUAAGGAUACUUCACUAAAGUGCUGUAUCAGCUACUUCCAUUAAUAAGUAAGAAUUGGAAUAGAUGAUGUUUUAACAAUUUAUUGUCUUGUUUAAAUGAACCGAGUACCAAAAUAAACAAUGAGUAAAACAGUAA